CCACUGCUUCUGCACAUGCGCACUGAUAUCCGUAUACCCAUCACAGCCGCACGAGGAGAAAAGGAGAGUGAAAAUAAAGUGAAAUAAUUAAUUUAAAUAAUUAAAUCAGUCAACGUGAGAAUAACCAGGAGAGAGUGACGGAGGAGGAAUGAACCAGCUGGAGCGUCCAAAAGACGAGGAGGACCAGGAAGAGUCAGACUGUCACCAUGACAACAGUGACGGGACCAACAACAACAACAACAACAACAGACGCAAGACGGUGUGUCCAGGUGUAGGUGAACAUCCUCUGCAGUAUAACUACACGUUCUGGUACAGCAGAAGAACUCCGAGUCGUCCAGCAAGUUCGCAGAGUUACGAACAGAACAUCCGACAGAUCGGAACUGUGGCAUCGGUGGAGCAGUUCUGGAGGUUUUACAGUCACCUGAUCCGACCAGGUGAUCUCAGUGGACACAGUGACUUCCACCUGUUCAAGGAAGGAAUCAAACCCAUGUGGGAGGAUGAUUCUAACCGCAGUGGAGGGAAGUGGAUCAUCCGUCUCCGUAAAGGUUUGGCCAGUCGGUUCUGGGAGAACAUCAUACUGGCCAUGCUGGGAGAGCAGUUCAUGGUGGGAGAGGAGAUCUGUGGAGCGGUGGUGUCUAUACGCUUCCAGGAGGACAUCUUGUCGAUCUGGAACAGAACAUCUAAUGACCAAACAACGACGUCCAGAAUCAGAGACACUUUGAGACGAGUCCUGAACCUUCCAACCAACACCAUCAUGGAGUACAAAACCCACAAUGACAGCCUCAGGGACAACUCGAGUUUCAGAAACACAAAGAUUUCCCUCUGAAGACGUCAGCUGACCGUCCUUCUGUCCACUUGAGAUGUAGAUCAGUGACUCAGCUCUGUUGGCUCUGUGUGCAUGCCUGUGUGUGUGUGUGUGUGUGUGUGUGUGUGUGUGUGGUGUGUGUGCUGACUAUCAAUAAACUGACUGAACCAGA